AUGGCAAGGAAGUGGCAUGAAAUAGCUUACAUAGAGAAGAAAAGAGUUUCUUAUCUAAGAAGUGGAGAAGUGAACGCAAUCAAUUGCAGCACAUCUACUGUGGCUGAGAAAGGCCAUUUUGUUGUCUACACAAGUGAUCAAAGGCGUUUUGUCAUGCCCUUAGCUUAUCUCUACACCACCAUCUUUCAAGAGCUCUUCAAGAUGUCUGAAGAAGAGUUUGGGCUAUCAAGUAAGGGGCCUAUCACAUUACCAUGUGAUGCAGUCUUCAUGAAUUACGUAGUCUUACUCAUCCAAAGAGGUGCAGUUAAAGAUUUAGAGAAAGCUUUGAGACUUGGCUUUUGUAACUUUAUUCUUUCAGAGUUGUAG